GGUACUUUUAGCUAAACGCCAUGUUUUCUUGUAUUGAUUUUAGGAAAUUGUUAAUAAAUUAUUAACAGUAACUAUUUUAGACACAGGAAAAGAAAAGAUGUGCAAAGAAAUUAUCUGCGGAAAAUCAAGUUUUGAAUGCCAGCUUGUCCUCAUUGCCUCCAUCAUUGAUGGCAUUGUACUGUCUAUUUGAGAAAACUUACAAGGAUGAUGGGCUGCGUGUUAGAUUUGAUGUUGAACUUUUUGGCCAUGAAUCAAAACUUUACAUUAUGAAGAAGGAUUUGGUUCCAUUUUGUAACAUGGAACCAAUAACAGGAGGUUGCAUUGUGGCAUACAUUUGCCAUCUGUACAACAACUUGAGGGAAAUUGGUGCAGAUUCAAAAUUUUUAUUUGUGAAUCUAUUUACCGUAGACAAUGUAGUGAAGCAAGAGGAUAGAACACGCACCCUGUCACAACGAUUACUUGAGGUUGCUGCAUCAGACGUACUCGUAUGCGUGCCUUGCAACGUGGGUGGGCAUUGGAUUCUGACCAUCAUUGAAGUUGAAAAAGGAAAAGCGUUUCUAAUGGAUCCUCUCAGUCAUCGUAACAAGGACAGCAUAUGGAAGUCUGUCGUCGACACUGCGCUAAGCAUGGUCACUGCAAAAAAUGGAAAGAAAAUGAAAAAAGCAAAUUGGGAAGUUAUAAAGGGCCCUACACAACCUGAUGAUAAGCAAUGUGGCUACUUUGUGAUGAGGUUUAUGAGAGAUAUUAUCGAAGGGUCUCAAAAUACGGCAGCCUCAACUUUUCACUUGUCAUCACUGUUUAAGGGUGUUACUACUUAUUCUCAAAACCAACUUAACGAGGUUCGUGAAGAAUGGGCAAGGUGUCUGAUUAAGAAUGCAUUGGCUGGAUAGAUGCUCCUACAGAUGCUUUCCAUGAAGUUCAUAGAGAUAUGGCAGGAGAAGUGAUUUUUGUAAUCAAUCUUUAGAAUUAAGCACUAAUAGCUAGAACUUAUGUUUUUGUAAACUGUGAUUGUACAAAUAUUUUGUGAAGUGAUAUGGUUGGAUGGUGGUUGCAU